GUUGAGAGCUGAGAUGAAGUUGAAGUUGAAGUUGAAGUGAAGUGAAUCGUCAGUCUGCCAUGACACCAGUCCAUCCCACGAGUUGGAUGUCUACGUUGUGGCUCCCACCCUUCCUCCUUCUCCUCCUCCUCCUCCUCCUCCUCCCCUAAUUCCUUCUCAUCCUUCUCCUCCUCCCCCUUAUCACCCUCUUCUUCCACCCACCCUUUAAUCUCCUUCUCCAUUCUUGAUUCAUGCACACCAUUGUUAUCUCUUAACCAACUCCAAUAUCCAUCCCACAACAACAACAAAGAAGCAACAAAGAAGCAACAAUUAAAGAAUCAACAUGAUGACAUCUUCAGAACCAAACAUGGACAACAGUAGUAGACCAAGCCGCUACGAAUCCCAGAAACGCAGAGACUGGAACACCUUCGGCCAAUACCUCAAGAACCACCGCCCACCACUAGCCCUCUCUCGCUGCAGCGGAGCACACGUCCUUGAGUUCCUCCGUUACUUAGAUCAGUUCGGCAAAACCAAAGUUCACAACCUUGGCUGCCCAUUCUUUGGCCACCCUCACCCUCCUGCCCCUUGUCCUUGCCCUCUUCGUCAAGCUUGGGGUAGCCUUGAUGCCCUUGUCGGCCGUCUCCGUGCUGCCUUUGAGGAGAACGGUGGCCAUCCUGAUGCUAAUCCUUUUGGCGCUCGCGCUGUCCGGUUGUAUCUCCGUGAAGUUCGUGACUCUCAGGCUAAAGCUCGUGGCAUUGCUUAUGAGAAGAAGAAGCGUAAGCGCCCACCUCCUCCUCCUCCUUCUCUUUCUCCUCCUCAUCCUCCUCCUUCUCAUCCUCAUCCUCAUCCUAAUUAUCCUCCUUAUCCUCUUUCUACUUCUCUUCAUCUGCCGUCCCAUCCAUCAUCGGACUUCACUGUUCACCCUCAUCUUUUGAUGAUGCUCCCUGCUUCUGCUGCUUCUGAUGAUCUUAUGCUUCCUUUGCCUGUUCUUCAUUAAUUAGCUGAACUUUUAGGUAAUCCAUUAUUAGUUUUAGCAGUAGUAGCAGUACUACUAUAUAUAGUUGUUGUUGUUGUUGUUGUUUUUUUCUUGUUUGAUUUUCUGUUAAGAUGAAGAUGAAGAUGAAGAUGAAGAAGAAGGAGCAAGACAUUGGUUUGUGGUUCUUUGAUUGUAUAUGUUAUCAUGCAUGCAGUUGUGGUCCUUGUUGAUGAGAUGAGCUCUUCUUAAUUUAAGCAUGGAAGACUUAAAUGAUGUUUCAUUUGUCCUUAA